AGAAAACCGUAUAUAUAGGGGUCAAGGGGCUAUGAUUCUAUGACAAGUGUUCAUCACUUGUUUACGGUCAAUGACUGAGUUUUCCAUAUGUUAAAUUAUAAAAUUGUUUGAACUCUAUACAUGAGAAGAAAACUGUUUAAAUUUAUGUACAAAAUCUAAUCAUGUUGUAUUCUUUAUUUGCUAUUAAGGCUCAAAGUCUUAAGGGUCUGUUUCCUGUAAUGUUUCGGGCUCAUUGUUUAAUCGUCUUUUUCUUCCUUAUAAUUCUUAAUCUCAAGAAAUGUGUGGCCAAAUCAACAUUGGUGCAUUGGUUGACUAAAGAGAGAGAAAAGAAAAAAACAAAAGAAGCAAAAGGAAUUUUGGUGGUGUAUACUGUAUACAAAUAGCCUAAUUGGAAGUGUUUUUAUGUGCCUGAGUUAUCUGUAUCUGUAUUACUCUUAAUAUCUUCCUGUGCUUUUAUUUACUGAGAAGAAGGAUUGGUUUUUCUUCUUUCAAUUGUUCAUGAUGUUUAGUAGCAAGGUAAAUCAUAAGCCAAUUGUCACUACACCUAUUGGGUUUCUGUGUACAAUUAUCUUCACUAGCAUAUGUCUCCAAGCUCAGUGCUCUAAUUUGGUCAAAUGCAUAGAAAAAGAGAAGCAAGCACUUCUCACAUUCAAACAAGGUAUUAUUGAUGAAUCAAACACCCUUUUCUCUUGGGAAACUGAGCGAGAUUGCUGCAAAUGGAGGGGAGUAGCUUGCAACAACAAAACUGGUCAUGUCAUCAAGUUGGAUCUUCAUUCUGAGAAGCAGGCACAGCAACCUUUAAUAGGUGAGAUCAAUCCCUCACUGCUUCAACUGCAAUAUCUAGAGUAUCUAGACCUUAGUGACAACUUGUUUGGUGGAAGAAUUCCGGACUUCAUUGGCUCUUUUACUCUGUUAAGGGUCCUCAAACUUAUUGGUGUUGGUUGGGAAGGAACAGUUCCUCAUCAACUUGGGAACCUCUCAAAUCUGCACACACUUGAUCUAAGUUGGAAUAUUGGUAUCAGUAGCCAUUAUCUUAGUUGGCUUUCUGGCCUUUCUUCUCUAAGAUACCUUGAUCUAUCACUUCUUGACCUUGGUAAAGCUGUUGACUGGUUAGAAUCAGUAAGCAAGCUUCCAUCUCUUGAAGAACUUCAUUUGGAAGAGUGUGGGCUUCCAUAUAUCAAUCCCAAAUCUCUCUCUCAUGUUAGUUUGUCAACUUCUCUUAAGGUAAUUGAUCUCAGUUCAAAUAAUAUCUCCUCUUCUAUAUUCACAUGGGUGGGAAAUGUUAGUGGCGGUAGCCUUAUCAACCUUCAAUUAUAUGGUAACCAUUUGAAAGGCCCAAUUCCAAAUGUAUUUGCAAACAUGUUUUCUCUGAAAAUUCUUGAUCUUUCUGAUAAUGAACUUCAAGGGCCAAUACCAGAAUCUUUCCAGAAUCUGUGUCAGCUAAGAGAAUUAUAUUUGUUCUCAAACAAUUUGGUUGACCAGCUUCAAGAUUUAGUUGACAAAUUAUCCUGUGCAAAGGAUACCAUUGAGUUGCUGCAGUUAAGUAACAACUCAUUUACAGGACCACUCCCUGAUAUUGCUAACUUUACAUCCUUGAAAUCCUUUUAUGCAAAUUCCAAUAAAUUGAAUGGGACUCUUCCCAAAAGUUUGGGAACAUUACCUCAUCUGUCUAGCUUCAGUGUCUCUUUCAACAACCUGAGUGGACCAUUGCCUGACUUCUCAGGAGCACCAUCACUUGAAGAUCUUAGUUUUUCCCACAAUAAAAUUAAUGGAAUUCUCCCAGAAAGUAUUGGAAAUCUUUCCAGCCUGAAAAAUCUUGGUCUUUCUUCCAAUUCCUUGGAUGGCACAGUUAAUGAAUAUCACAUGUCAAAUCUUUAUGAUUUAAGAACCAUGGCUGUUUCUGAUAAUUCAUUGACUUUCAACCUCAGCAUGAAUUGGAUACCACCUUUCCAAUUGCAGUACCUGAAAAUGUCUUCUUGCAAGCUGGGGACAAAAUUCCCACAGUGGCUUCAAACCCAAAAGAAUCUUUCUGUCCUAGACAUUUCCAAUGUAGGAAUUUCAGAAGAAAUCCCUGAGUGGUUUUGGAACCUUUCUAAGUUACAAUAUUUAAAUUUGUCCAAUAAUCACAUUCCUGGCACUUUGCCAAAUUUAUCAUCAAAAGCAUAUGACCUUCCUCAAUUUGAUUUGAGCUCUAAUCAGUUGUCUGGUCAAGUACCACCAUUUCCACCCAGUACAAAUUUGUUGAUUCUCUCUAGAAAUAAGCUUUCUGGGAAAGUAUCUUCAUUGUGUAGCACAUUGAAUGGUUACUUGGCUUACCUUGACCUGUCUCAUAACCAGUUAUCAGGAACACUUCCAAAUUGUUGGAUGCAUGCUAAAGGUUUGCUAAUGCUGAACCUGGCAAAUAACAACUUCUCAGGGGAAAUACCAAACUCAUUUGGUGCAUUACAGCAAGUAUUGUCAUUACAUUUGAGGAAUAAUAACUUCCUUGGAGGAUUGAUCUCCCUGAAAAAUUGCACAGAAUUAAGGCUCCUUGAUCUUGGAAACAACAACUUUUCUGCAGAAAUACCAAAUUGGUUAGGGGGAACCUUGACAAAGCUUGUUGUUCUCCGCAUGAGAACCAGUGAGUUAUAUGGUAGCAUACCAUUGAGUUUGUGUCAUCUUUCAGCUCUUCAGGUAUUGGAUGUCUCUGGAAACAAUAUUUCUGGGGCCUUGCCUUACUGUUUUAACAAUUUGACUGCUUUGUCACACAAUGAAGUUUCAACAGAUCUGUUUUACUCUCGUGUCACUUACAGCUUAUUGGAACUGAACAUCAUUGACUUUGUAAACUUGAUAACAAAAGGUUUAGAAUUUGAGUAUGGGACUGAUGAGCAUAGACCUUCAAUUAAGAAGGUGUAUGAGAGAAGAAACAAGAGGAAAGUCACAACUUAUAGCAUUUCUGUGAGUUCAUCAAUUGGUAUCAGAGCUCCAUCCAGGAGCUGUGGUAUCGAUUUGUCUAUGGUAGCGAGCAGAAUGGAAGCCAGAGUGGAAGCGAUUGAGAGAUUCAUUGAGGUUCUGAAUCGCGAUCGCGAGGAAGAACGCAGGAAUCGCGAAGAAGACAGGAGGAUUCGCGACGAAGAACGGAGAGAGCGUGCGAUCGAGCAUGAACGCGUGGAGCAGAGGUUUCGCAAUCUGGAAGCGAUUGUCGCGACGAUGACGCGCCGGCGAGCCGGCGAGCACGGCGACAGCGACGGCGAGCAAGAACGCCGACGAAUGGAGGAGGAGCGCACCGUGAACGGAGGACAACCGGGAAGCGUAAGAGACGAAGCUGAUGCGCGAGAGAAUCUUCAGCGCACUGCAAAUGCACAAACAGAGCGUUGGAGGAAGCUUGACAUUCCAGUUUUCCAGGGUGAAGAAGAUGCGUACAGUUGGAUUCAGAAAUUGGAACGCUACUUCCGACUGAAGGGAGCGACUGAGGAAGAGAAGGUACAAGCGAUUAUGGUGGCCUUGGAUGGAAAGGCAUUGAGCUGGUACCAAUGGUGGGAAACCUGCAACCAGGUGACUACUUGGACCAAGUUCAAGGAAGCCAUGCUGGAACGAUUUCAACUCACCUCGAAUGCUAGUCCAUUUGCGGCUUUGCUGGCCUUGAAGCAAGAAGGUAGUGUUGAAGAGUUUGUAGGACAAUUUGAGAGAUUUGCAGGAAUGCUCAAGGGAAUUGAUGAAGAGCAUUACAUGGAUAUCUUUGUUAAUGGACUCAAGGAGGAAAUUGCAGCAGAAAUCAAGCUCUAUGAGCCCAAAUCCCUAACAAUCAUGGUCAAGAAAGCCUUGAUGGUGGAACAGAAGAACCUGGCUGUGAGCAAGGCUGGAAUUGGCAGUACUAGCAGGUAUAAUUCCUCUUUCAAACCACCUUUUAGAUCCACAACUUUUCAGAAAUCUGUGCAAAUUGAUACUGGACAGAAAAGUGGUAGUGGUAGUGUAACUCAGGGCACAGUGCAAUCAUCUAGUGGUAGUGUUAAUGAGAGAGUAGGAGGUAAGCCAGCCAGGGGAGGAGUUUACAGAAAACUCACUGGGGAAGAGAUGAAGGAAAAGUUGAGAAAGGGGGAGUGUUUCAGAUGUGAUGAAAAGUUUGGACCAAACCAUAUCUGUAAGAAUAAGCAAUUCAGGGGAAUUUCUUCAAGGAAAUCUCUCAAGGUUUGGGGAAAAUUGAAAGGAACUGCCAUAGUGGUGCUGGUAGAUUGUGGAGCAACACAUAAUUUCAUUUCUCAGUCCUUGGCAAGAGAAAUGGAGUUACAGAUUACAGAAACUCCAGCUUACACAGUAGAAGUAGGGGAUGGACAUGUAGUGAAAAGCAAGGGGGUGUGUAAGAAUCUCAGUGUGCAGAUUCAAGGAUUUGUGGUAACUCAAGAUUUCUUUUUGUUUGGAUUAAGAGGAGUGGAUGUUGUGCUUGGUCUAGAAUGGCUAGCAGGAUUGGGGGACAUCAAAGCCAAUUUUGAAGAGCUGACCUUGAAGUUCAAACUGGGAAAUAAAAAGGUAGUCCUCAAAGGGGAGCCUGAGUUGCUGAAGAAGAGAGCUUCCAUGAAUGCAUUGGUUAAAGCCAUUCAACAGCAGGGAGAGGGAUAUGUGCUUCAAUAUCAAAUGUUAGAAAAAGAGGUGGCUAAAGCAGAGGAAACUCCAGAGUUGUUGAAGGCAGUUUUGUCAGAUUUUCCAGCACUGUUUGCAGCACCUACUGAAUUGCCCCCUCAGAGAAGACAUGACCAUGCCAUUCAUCUGAAAGAAGGUGCAUCCAUUCCCAACAUUCGGCCUUACAGGUAUCCCCAUUACCAAAAAAAUGAAAUAGAAAAGUUAGUGGCUGAAAUGCUCAAUGCUGGAAUCAUUAGACCUAGUAUUAGUCCAUAUUCAAGUCCAGUGAUUUUGGUUAGGAAGAAAGAUGGUAGCUGGAGAUUUUGUGUAGACUAUAGGGCUUUGAACAAAAUCACAGUCCCUAAUAAAUUUCCUAUUCCAGUCAUUGAUGAACUCUUAGAUGAGAUUGGUCCAGCUAGAGUGUUUUCCAAAAUUGAUCUGAAAUCAGGAUAUCAUCAAAUUAUGAUGAAGGCAGAGGAUGUGGAAAAGACAGCAUUCAGGACCCAUGAGGGCCACUAUGAGUUUUUGGUGAUGCCCUUUGGCCUCACCAAUGCUCCUUCCACUUUUCAGUCUCUGAUGAAUGAGGUGCUGAGACCAGUUUUGAGAAAGUGUGCUCUAGUUUUUUUUGAUGAUAUUUUGAUUUACAGUUUGACGAUGGAGGAACAUGUUGUUCACUUGACACAAGUUCUGCAAUUGAUGGACCAACAUGAUCUUAAAAUCAAUGGUAAGAAGAGUGUGUUUGGAAGGGGCCAGAUUGAAUAUCUAGGACAUGUGUUAUCUGCUGGAACUGUGGCAGCUGAUCCAAAGAAAUUGGAAGCUAUGUGGUUGUGGCCAGUCCCUAAAGACUUGAAGAGCUUAAGGGGAUUUCUAGGUCUUACUGGAUACUAUAGAAGGUUUGUCAAGGAUUAUGGCAAGAUAGCUAGGCCUUUGACACAGCUACUGAAAAAAGAUAGUUUUCAGUGGGGACCUAGUCCCCAACAGGCUUUUGAAGCUCUUAAGCACACUUUGACAGAGAUACCUACUUUGGCUGUUCCAGAUUUUUCCAAGGUCUUUGUUCUGGAAACAGAUGCUUCAGGUACGGGUCUAGGAGCAGUUUUGACUCAGGAAGGGAAGCCUCUGGCUUUCUGGAGUGCUACACUCUCAGAUAGAAGUCAAGCUAAAUCAGUUUAUGAAAGAGAGUUAAUGGCAGUGGUCAGAGCUGUCCAAAGGUGGCGGCAUUAUCUCUUAGGAAGGCAUUUCAUAAUUCGAACAGAUCAAAAGAGUUUGAAGUUCCUUACUGAGCAACAGGUUGUGGGAGAGGGGCAGUUCAAAUGGAUUUCCAAACUCUCAGGUUAUGACUUUGAGAUACAAUAUAAGCCUGGGAAGGACAAUUCAGCUGCUGAUGCCAUGUCCAGGAGAAGCUCAUAUUGUGCAUUGUCAGUUCUUAAGGCUCAUAAAGGGUAUACUUUGAAGGAUCACAGGUUGUUUUAUAAAGGAAAGUUGGUUCUGUCCAAGCAAUCUUAUAGGAUUCCAAUUCUUUGCAAAGAGUUUCAUGCUUCUUUGUUGGGAGGACAUUCAGGGUUCUUUAGAACCUAUAGAAGGUUGGCUGCAGUGGUGUAUUGGGAAGGGAUGAAGAGUGACAUAAGAGAUUUUGUGGCAGAAUGUGACACAUGUCAAAGAAACAAAUUUGACAAUCUCUCCCCUGCAGGGCUGCUUCAGCCAUUACCUGUGCCUACUCAGGUUUGGACAGAUGUGUCCAUGGACUUUAUUGGUGGUUUGCCUAAAUCUAAUGGCAAGGAUACAAUCUUAGUGGUGGUGGAUAGGCUGACAAAAUAUGCUCAUUUUAUUCCCUUAAGGCACCCUUUUACAGCUCCUGAAGUGGCAGCUUUAUUUCUUCAUGAGGUAGUGAGACUUCAUGGGUUCCCAACAACCAUAGUCUCAGAUCGAGACUCUUUAUUUCUCAGUAGUUUUUGGAAGGAACUGUUCCGAGUGUCAGGCACACAACUUAAGUUUAGCUCAGCCUACCAUCCUCAAACUGAUGGCCAGACUGAGGUGGUCAAUAGAUGCCUUGAAGUUUAUCUGAGAUGCCUUACUGGAUCCAGGCCAAGGAAAUGGGUUACUUGUCUUCCUUGGGCAGAGUUUUGGUUCAACAGCAAUUACAACCGAUCUGCCAAAAUGUCUCCUUUUCAAGCUCUUUAUGGUAGGGAACCACCUGUGCUUCUUCAAGGGACUACAAUUCCUUCCAAGAUAGCUGCAGUAAAUGAUUUGCAGGUGGGGAGGGAUGAAUUGCUAUCAGAUCUGAGAGCUAAUCUUUUAAAAUCUCAGGACAUGAUGAGGACAUGUGCAAAUAAGAAGAGGAGGGAUGUGGAUUAUCAAAUUGGUGAUGAGGUUUUUCUCAAGUUACAACCUUAUAGAAGGAGGUCUUUGGCCAAGAAAAUGAAUGAAAAAUUGAGUCCUAGGUAUUAUGGACCCUAUCCUAUUGUAGCAAAGAUUGGGGCUGUGGCUUAUCGACUUGAGCUACCAGCUCACAGUAGAGUGCAUCCUGUCUUUCAUGUCUCUCUCCUCAAGAAGGCUGUGGGGACUAAUUUUCAGCCUCAACCUCUCCCAGCAGCCUUGAAUGAAGAUCAUGAGCUCUUGGUGGAACCUGAAACAGUGCUGGCUGUUAGGGAAACCACAAUGGGCCAGAUUGAGGUGCUAAUUCAGUGGCACUCUUUACCUGCUUGUGAGAACAGUUGGGAAUCUGCUGCCCAGCUCCAUGAAGCUUUUCCUGAUUUUCCCCUUGAGGACAAGCUGGCAUGGUUAGUUGUUUCUGUUAGAGUACAGCUGGCUAAUUCUGUUAAUAGUUGUGAUUCUGUUAGAGCUACUGAAUAUAGCAUUUCUGUGAGUUCAUCAGGGACAAACCUCAAAUUCAUGAGAAUCAUAGAUAUAUCAAGCAACAACUUAAGUGGAGAAUUUCCUAAUAUAACCAGCCUUGUGGGCUUGGUUUCUCUGAAUUUAUCAGGAAAUAACUUGAUAGGAAAGGUUCCAGAUAACAUUGGUCAGCUGGUAAUGCUGGAAUCCCUUGAUUUGUCAAGCAAUCAUCUUGUUGGAGAAAUUCCUAGGAGCUUGUCUGGAUUAUAUUUCCUUAGUCAUUUGAAUAUUUCAUUCAACAACUUAUCUGGAAGGAUUCCAUUGGGCACCCAGCUACAGAGUUUUGAUGCUUCUGCAUAUAUUGGAAACAAGGGACUUUGUGGGCCACCGCUGAUAGAAGCUUGUCCAGGAGAUGAAGGUUCUUCCAACCCUGCACUCUCCAGUGACAACCAAAGAAAUGAUGUUGAAGGAGAUGAAAGUGGAUUAAUAUCCCUUGGAUUUUAUGUUAGUUUGAGCAUUGGAUUCAUCAGUGGCUUCUGGGGUGUUUGUUUAUCUUUUAUAUUUAAUGCUUCAUGGAGACAUGCCUAUUUCAGGUUAUUGGAUAAGGUGAAUGAUUGGAUGUAUGUGAAAGCAGCAUUGUUUAGGAAGAGAAUAAGGCAAAGAUUGACAAUCUAAAGGGUGAAAUUUUCUGCAA